UUUUCUUUCAUUGAGGCAAAUUGUUUUAGCAUUUGUUUGAUAUAAUAAACUAAAACUAAGCGUAUUUGUCUGGUCAUGGACCAAACAUUGCUAUUCCCGUCGCCUAAUUGGUACCAAUCAUCAGGUUUGGCAGUCAGCAACGAUGGCUGGCUUGUGUAUGGUGGACCCUCUAAAAGCCUUUGUGUUAUGGAGCCUUUGCCGGCGGAUUCCAACACUUUAGUUUGCGGAAACCAAGCAUAUCAAUCCCAUGUAGCUCUUAGAGCCCACAGCGAAAAGAUUUCAUGCGUAGACAUAAGUCCAGAAUGGCCCGAAAAGAAGGCGGUUUUGACGGGCAGUGCAGAUGGUACUGUUAAACAGUGGAGCUUGGAACGGACACAGAAAACAUUGAGUAUGAAAACCACACACAGCCAUGAAAUACACUCUAACGAAAAAGAGGAAGUGAUAGGAGUUGGUUACUGCAAAGAUGGUUAUGCCGUAACAGUUGGUUGUUACGGUUAUAUUGUGAAAUGGGACAUGAACUCAAAUGUAGUAAAGACAUUCAACAAAAUCCUUAACAACUUCCGACCAGUAUGUAUGGCUUGCUCUCCACAUAUCCAUUUGAAUGUUGCCAUUGGAACUAAACAGGGAGUCAUCUUCGUUCUGGACUUGAAUGGUGCUGCAAGAGUGUUAUAUAAAGUAAAAGGUCAAGAUGACGAAAUACUCAAAGUAGGCUGGUGCCCGCAAUAUGAAGUGGCAGUGAGGAAGUUGCUCAAAGAGUCAGAAAAGAAAAGCGUCGCCACCCAAAGGAUGGAAAGGAUACGCAAAGAACCAGAAUCUCCUGAAACUCUGAAGAUGCUUGAUGAGAAAGUAAAACUAACUUGUGGUGAUCAAGCAGUAGAUGUACAAGAGCCCUCUACAUCCUCAGAUCAAACUGAUCAAACUGCUAAAGAGAAAUCACUUAAUACUGAGAUCCAAACUACAAAAACUCCUCUAAAUGAAUCUGCUAUGGGCAAAAUACUUCCUGAGGACAGUUUUGAUGACCAAUCAGUUGUCCAAGAGGAAGACUUGUUUGACAUGUAUAAGGAACCUGAUCUGGAGGAGUUUGGACACAAGAAAUACCAACCAGUGGACAUUGUAGUCAAACUCAAGGAAGAGGUUGUUCAAGAUGAUUACUUGGCUGAAUGUUUAAAGCUGAAAGAUGAAAUAAUUAAAAAGAAAAAUCAAGAUGAAGCUUCUAUUGAGUCUCUAGUUGAGGCAAUGGAUAAAACUGAAUUAGAUGUAAAGAAAAAUGAGGCAAAGGAAGCUGCUGCUAACCAAAAUGCAGCUAAAGUUGUUGUUGAAGGGAAGAUCACUAAGGGCGAGGUGGAAUCUAGUGUGCAUAUCCAAAAACACCUUUUGGCCACUGUUGGUAAAUAUGGAAGUGUUCGUAUUUGGUCCAAGUCAGGCAAGUUGGUAGGCAGCUGUGCCAUACCAAAUGCGGGUUUCAACAAAAACCAGAGGAACCAAAGGGGCACUCCUCACUGGUGCAACCUGCUAUGGUACAAGUCGGAGGUGUUGCUCUUGGUCGACGGCAAGAGUCAGCUUCUGGAGUGUAAUCCCUUGAAAAUUGAUUGCAAAAACAAACUGGAGUACCGCGUGUUCCCCACGCUGCACAAGCGCGGUUUGACCAACGUGGCGACGAACGCGCCGCGCGUGCAGCCGCCGGAGAUGCCGGCCGACAAGUCGCACGACGACAGCUGGCUUGUGUGGACCGCCGCCCAGGACCGCACCCUCAUUGCCUACUCCAUGAAGAAGCAAAAACCGCCGGCGGUCUAUAACACCUGCGGGGGAUUCGUCUAUAAGAUUGUUCCGUGCCCUUAUGAUGCUAAAAAGGUGGCAGUAGCCGUAGGCGACGGCGAGGUUCGCGUGUGGGAGUCGGACACACUCGACGACGACGACACCAAGCUGACAUCGGGCACUGUCACCUCAUAUUCUCACAACGUCCAGGGAAAAGUCCUCAACGUCGCAUGGCAUCCUACUGUGGAGAACAUCCUUGCUUUUUCUACUGGAGAGGCUAGGGUGGGCAUAAUCGACGCGUCGGCGGCAGGCAAACAGCCGCGGCCUGCACGCCCCUUCCCGCCCUUAUUGCGCGGAGGGGUUUAUGCACUGGCCUGGGCUGAGGGCUGGGACCUCUACGCCUGCGGCGGAGGCGAGCUGGCACUCUUCAAGGGCAACGCCACUGACGAACCACCGAAAGCCAUUCCCGUGGAGCUGGAGGGGCGCAAGCUGGACCUGAGCUCAGUGACGUACCACCCACAGGGGCUGGUGGUGGGCAGCUGCGACGGUGCCGUGGCUGUGCUGUCCACCAAACGGCCGCACGUCGUCCAAGCCGCCGCCUUUAUCUUCGCUAAAAUGAUCCAUUCGAUUGUUUGGCAUCCGCAAGAGACAUCCAACUCCAGUGAAGAAUCAAUGUACAAGAAUCUCAUCGCUGUUUGCUCUGUUGAUAGAGUCAAUACCAUCGUAAUAUUGGAGUACGGUGUCAAGGAAGACGGCACGAAGCAGUUGACCACCUGGAAGACCCUGAGCGGGCACAAAGGCGCAGUCCUGGAUCUCGCCUGGAACCCCCACAUGGAAGGAAUCCUCCUGUCCACUUCUUCCGAUAGCACCGUUAGGGUGUGGGCGGCGGCGUCGGGCGCGUGCACGGCCAUCUUCGACGGGCACGUGCAGGCGGCGCUGGGCGCGGCGUGGUCUGCGCGGCCGCAGCGCGCCUGCCUCGUGGGCUCGGGCGGCGCCGACGCCGCGCUGCGCCUCUGGGACGCCGCGAACCACCCCUCGGAGGCCUACCAAGAAAGACCGGAUCAAAAGAGAGACCGCAAGAAGAAAGACAAGAAAACCAAAGAAGACAAUAAAAAGGACGACGAAGAAGAAACGGAGGGUCAUGAGGCUGCCGUCAUGGACACCAAGAUGAAAGGCUGCAAGAAGUUCCUCCUACCUAUGUUGUUUAAGCAAACAAAUACUUGCAAGGCGAACGGCCCGAGAGUAAUGCUCAAGAAGUACUUGGAGAAAUUGUCCGGUAACGCCAUCGAUGGCGGAAUGGAGACCGUUGAAUACGACUUAGAUUUCAUCAAGUUGUUCGGAAAUAUCAACGAAAUCAAUGAUGUUUUGGAUGUGGAACUGGAGUGGCACCAAGAUACGGGGAACGUGGAAGCGUGGCUGAUGCUGUGCAUCUUCCGCGGGUACAUCGACGCCAUGAUCCAGUACGCUAGUCAAAAGGAUCUCCUCGACCCUUACUUGAUUAGUCUGGCGCCGUCCGUCUCCUUCAAGUAUUGGAAAGACGCAACUCAGCUCUAUCUGGCUCAAAUUGACCGCCUAGUAGCUAAAGGGGAGGAGGGAAAAUUGAGUGAGAAUAGGCGUUAUGGCGGUGCCAUAUAUCGCAAAACAGCUACGUUGCUAAGUUUACAUGACAUCAAGGGUGCAUUGGCAGUGCUAUGCGAAGCGCAGCUCUUUUUAGAAGCUUACGUGUUGUGCAGAGUGAGAUACAUGGAGAGCUUGGCCGAGGAAGUACUGCUUCUUUGGGGAGAAUAUCUUACCCUUCAUGGGCGUUUCAAUAUGGCAGCUGUCUGCUACAUAAAUCUUGGCAACGUGUCACAAGCGGCGACUGUGCUAGGUAAAUCUAAAGAGGAAGAAUCUCUAAGCUUAGCCGCCGAGUUAGCCAAAUUGGUCGGCCAGACCACUUACGCUGACCACAUCGAAGCAAAGAAGAAAGAAGUGAUUAAAAUUAAACAAGAAAUGGAAAAAAAUAAUGAAAAACCUGAAGAGAUCCAAGCACUGCCAACAAGAGUAGAACUUGUGUUGAAUAAAGUUCCAGAUCAGUCCGAUAGUGAAAGUUACAAAGAUUCGGAGAAAGAUGCUAAGAGUGACAUAGUCCCAGAAUUGGAUGUUGAAGAAAGUGCAGGGCCUUCAGGUGUGUAUAAACAAGAUGAUGAUAAUGAACGAAAUAAGACAAAUUUAGAAGCGGACUACGAACGAGAUUUAUCCAAAACAGCUCAAAAUGAUAAAGAAAGUGGGCAAAUGGGUGAAGAAAAUGCUACAGAUGUCGAAAAAGAUAAAAAUAAGGAAACAGAUGAACGUUUUAAACACAGUGCAUCAGAUACAAAUGUAGCAAAGGGUGAUGAAAACAAAGUUCAGGCUGUUGUGGAAAAUGUAAAUGAAGACCAAGUUUUAAAUGGCAAAGAAGCGCCCAAAAACGAGAAAACAGACGAAUUAUUGGAAGACCUGCCGUCCAAAAUGAAAGAUCUAAUGUCCGAAAAUAUGUACCAAAAUGGAAAUGUUCAGAACGGCAAAGCCAAUGAAAACAAAGCCGGUGCCAUAGCAAAGGAUGCUUCCGAUAUUAAUGACAAUGUCAACGAGAGAGGAGACCAUUUAAUUGUAACCGAUACUGACAAUUAAUCAAAUGCAUUCCAUGUACCAAUUAGUAAUGUGAUUAUCUCUUUGCUUUAACUAAGUAAUUAUGUUAUUAUCAUUUAAAAAGGACUGAAAUUAAUGUGAUUGAUGUUCACUAGUGUUUAAGGCUUUAAUCUGUGUUCUUUAAGAAUGGGUAUACUAUCCCGCCAACUCUCCAGAGACUUUUGAAACAGGUAUUAUUCAUGGUGGCCUGUAUAACAUGGCUCAUUGUUUAUCUUAAUGGUAUUUUGUUUUUAAUAAAUAUGUGUUCAAACAUACAGUUCGUGUUAUU